UCGAGGAAGGUCUCGUUUUAAUAUUUUAUUUUCAACCGCACUCUAUUUACCGUAGAACUAAUAUUUUCGAUCGAUUUCUUUUAAAUAACCAAUAUAUAGUUACUUUUAGGUUUUAUAAAAUAUAAAUUGACUCAAUCCAUAUUAACUUUCACUUGCUGAGACUUUGAUUGAUGUUGUUUUAAUUACAAUGGCAAAAACAUUACAGUUUUUUAAUAGAUUCUUCCACUUAACAAGAACAUCUUCAAAAGUUAUGGAAAGGUAUGAGAAAAUCAGCAAAAUAGGUGAAGGAAGUUACGGAGUGGUAUACAAAUGCAAGAACAGAGAUACUGGUGAAAUAGUGGCCAUCAAGAAAUUCACUGAAAGCGAAGAAGAUCCCGUGAUUAGGAAAAUAGCCUUAAGAGAAAUAAGAUUAUUGAAGAACUUGAAGCAUACAAACCUAGUCAACUUGCUUGAAGUAUUUCGAAGAAAAAGACGAUUGCAUCUAGUGUUGGAAUUUUGCGAAAAAACGGUUUUAAACGAACUAGAAAAAUAUCCCCGAGGCAUACCGGAUCUUAUGGUGAAACAAAUAAUCUGGCAAACUAUACAAGGGGUAUCAUAUUGUCAUCAACAUGGAUGUAUUCAUAGGGAUAUCAAGCCAGAAAAUAUUCUGCUGACUUCGACGGGUGUCGUAAAACUAUGUGAUUUUGGAUUCGCCAGGAUGUUAAAUCCUGGUGAAAAUUAUACCGAUUAUGUAGCAACUAGGUGGUACAGAGCUCCUGAAUUAUUGGUAGGAGACACUCAGUACGGCACACCCGUGGAUAUCUGGGCUAUAGGUUGCGUGAUGGCAGAACUGAUAAAGGGCGAAGCCCUAUGGCCCGGAAAGUCUGACGUAGAUCAACUGUACCUCAUCCGAUGUACCGUGGGUGAUUUGUUGCCCAGGCACAUGCAGGCCUUCAAAACCAACGAUUUCUUUCAAGGACUUAUAUUGCCCGUACCGCAGCAACUUAUACCGCUUGAAAUUAAAUUGCCCAUGUGUAACUCUACGAUUAUCGAUUUUUUAAAAAAAUGUUUAGAUAAGGACCCUUCUAAAAGAUGGACAUGCACAGAAUUGAUGAAUCAUGAAUAUUUUGACAAGUUUUAUUUUAAAUCUGAAGAAAACGAGGCCCCUAAAGAAGAUAAGCCAGUUAGGGCCAAGUCAAGGAACUCAAAUAAUGGCGGUUCGAUGUCAUUACCACAACUACCUGUAGGGUCAAAAUCCAUCAGUCCAAACAGGCAGCCCCAAACUAGUCAGCCGAAUAAGUCUAAGUUGGAUCAUUUACCAACAAUAUGACAAAAAUUUAACUUUUUUAAAUAAAUCACUGAUAUUUAAAAAAGAAAAUAAUUGUAUAUAAAAAAUGUUACUUUAAUUUUGAAAGCAAAAUCAAAUUUAUAACAUUUGUAAAUAUAAAUUACAUAGGUGUAAAAUGUUUAAAUGUAUUUUCAUAUGUGUAAUAUAGAUUAGUUGGCAGGUAUAAAUAUGUACCCGAUGUACCGAAAAAAAUUAUAUCAUAAUUAAAUCUUUUUCUGUUACUAUUUGAAUAAUACAAUUUUUAGAUUUUUAUUUGAUAAAUGAGUAUAUCUAGAAGGUACAUAUAAAAUUAUCGUACCCAUACUCGUAUAAUCAAAAUUCUGAUUGAAAUUUAUUUUCGAGAGUUUUUAGAAAAACUUCAAUCAAACACAAAACAUGUCGAAUAUUACAUAUAACUUUAAUUUAUCUCUGUACAAUGUUUUUAUUAAUAUGAAAUUAAUAAACUAGUAUAUCUAUUCUAUUGCUUAGCUAAAAAGCCUCGUGUGUUUCUUUGGUUGCAUCGGAACUAAAUGGUUUACCUUUAUA